AUGGCGGCGAUUGCGCGUCUUCAUCUAUCGGCGAAUUCGAAUCGGAGCAAUCUGCCGUCGCCGAGAGUGAUCAACCUCUCUCGCGAUCCGAGAGUUACAGUCUCGUUCCCACGAAAUGGAUCGGUUUCUUCUUCACUCCACACCAACUUCUCAUCUCCGAAUCUCGGUGUUCCAUGCGCCGGAGUUGGCGGUGGAAACUUCGGUAUUCCAGGAUCAGGUGGCGGAACCGGAGGAGGAGGCGGUGAUAGUUACGGAGACUCAAGCGGCGGCGGAGAAGAAGAGAAAGGAUCGUCAUCAUGGGGACCGAUCGGAAUGUUCAUCGAAGGAUGGAGAUCGCGAGUCGCAGCUGAUCCUCAAUUCCCUUUCAAGGUGCUAAUGGAAGAGCUUGUUGGAGUCAGCGCCAACGUCCUCGGAGACAUGGCGUCACGACCUAAUUUCGGAUUGAACGAGCUCGAUUUCGUCUUCUCCACACUCGUCGUAGGUUCGAUUCUGAAUUUCACGCUCAUGUACCUCUUAGCUCCCUCUGCAGCAACCGCUGGCUCCUCCAAUUUAUUGCCUGGGAUCUUUAGAAGCUGUCCUGCGAGCCAUAUGUUUGAGCAGGGAAGCUUCACGGUGAUGAAUCGUUUCGGGACUCUUGUGUACAAGGGAGUGGUGUUUGCUGCUGUUGGUUUAGCUGCAGGUCUUGUGGGAACAGCGAUCUCUAACGGCUUGAUCAUGCUGAGGAAGAAGAUGGAUCCGAGUUUCGAGACGCCUAACAAAGCGCCGCCGACGCUGCUGAAUUCGUUGACGUGGGCAACGCAUAUGGGAGUGAGUGCGAAUGUGAGGUACCAAACGUUGAAUGGUGCUGAGUUCUUGAUGGAGAAGGGUUUGCCUCCGUUGGUGUUUAAGACGGGUGUGGUGGCUUUGAGGGUUGUGAACAAUCUUUUGGGAGGAAUGUCGUUUGUUGUGUUGGCGAGGAUGACUGGUUCACAGUCUGUGGUGGAGGAGGAGACGGAGACGGUGAUUUCAGUGAAGGAGAAAGAUGAUUGA